CUGAAGUUCAGAUCUAGAAGCUCCAGGAGAAGCGAACGCUGCUUCUUGGCAUCUGUGCCUGAUUGGCCGUUCCCAGGAGGGCCAUCAUCCAAUCAGAAGAGGCCGGAGAGGGAGGGAGUGCGCCACCUGCAGUCGGCAUCCAUCUAGUGGACAGGCAGGACUGGGCAAUCUCGCUGCGAGUCUCUCCACGCUGUGCCUCGCCUCCGCUCCCGGACACCCAAACCCCACAACUUGGGGGCCUGGAGGAGAGUCUGUUAUUAGGGGUGGGGGACCAGCUUUCAUCUUGAAGCUGGGCAGCACCAGGUGGCACACAGGAUUUCCCACCUCCCCUCCUGGGGUUGAGACAGCUCACCUUCCGCCCCCACGAGGCAGCAUCUCCUAGCCAAAACCCCCUUGGGGGUUCAGAGUGAAUGGCCGGAGCUGGGUUAGGACACUGUCCCUCCUGACUUCAUCUUUCAGGGGUGUGGGAAGCCACCUCCCUGUCCUCUGGAAGACAGCCUCUAGUUUCUUUGUAAAUGUAUUUCACCCUGUUUUCCCUACAACUCUAUCUAUAUAGUGUCUAGAGAAAUUAUAUACACCUAUUCGCAGUUCUCUUUUCGUAGCUCUAUAUCUUGAUAAAUCUACUUAUCUAUGUACAGACCCAUUUACCUAUUUGUGUGCCCAAAUCUUUAUUGAAUUAGUGGGGAGAGCUUCCUUUGUAACUCAUAGCUACCAAGGAUCUAGGAAACGCAGCCCCCUGAAAAGGUUUAGAGUACAGGUUCAGAAAGGUGGGGGACAGAAGACUGGAACGAGAAGAUGUUCUACUACCCAAACGUGCUUCAGCGCCACAGUGGUUGCUUUGCCACUAUCUGGCUGGCAGCAACAGGUGGCAUAAGGCUAGUGAAACGUGAGUACCUGAAGGUGGACGUGGUGGAGACAUGUGAGAAGAUCCUGCAGUAUAUUCUGGUGCAAGUACAGCCAUCUCUGCCAGGUGUUCCCAGGCCCCGCUUCUCCCUUUAUCUCUCUGCCCAGCUCCAGUUUGGUGUUAUCCGUGUCUAUUUCCGCCAAUGCCAGUACCUUGUGGAGGAUAUUCAGCAUAUCCUAGAGCGCCUACACCGAGCCCAACAGCAGAUCCGUAUUGACAUGGUGGAACCAGAUGUAUCCGGUCUCCUACUGCCUGAUCCCCUGACCACAAUGGAGGCCUUGGAAGAUGCCCCUGACCCCUUCUUUGGAGUGAUGGCCAUUGACCCUUACCUUCCUAGUCCCCUUGGUAUCCCACAGGUUCGACACCUCUUGGAAGCCCCAACCCCUGAGAGGAUUCCGAAAGAGCCCCCUCCUGAGGUCUACCCUGAACCCAGGAAAGAAAUAUCCCCCAUCACUGUCCUGCCUCCUGAAACCAUCACCCUUAGGGAGGCAGAGCCAAUCCAUGUGCUGCACAUUGAGGGUGAGCGGGACCUACCAGAAAUCUCCAAUCAUGACCUGGACCUGCUGAUGGCUGCGGAGGAUGAAGCUAUUUUGUUUGAGGAAAAGGCCAAAAUCUCUGUCUUGGUUCCAGCUGUAGAAAUUUCCCGUGUCCCUGAGCUAGAAAUAACUCCUAGGCUAUCUCCACCACCUCUGGCACGGAUUCUGGAGGUGGCAGAGCCCCUCCCAGAGAAGGAACUAGUCCCUGAAGAGCUUGGGUUACUGGUCCCAGAGGCUGCUCCUCCACCCCCAGGUGAGAUCCCAACUACAGAGCUACUUCUGCCCCGGAUGCCCAGCCCUUUGGAGCCUUCAGUUCAGGUCCCCAGCAGCCCUGAACUGAUUCUCCCAGAGCUGUUCCCACCACCUCAGCCUCCACCCUCCCGUCGCCCACUCCGGUUUCAGUUGUAUGAUGAAGAGACCCAGAUUACUCGAGAGGAAUUCCAAAAGCAAGUUGUACAAACCCGUGCCCACACCUGGGACUGUCCAAUGGUCCAGCCUUCCAGGCAGAUGAGCCCUACAGAGCUCCUGAGAACACCAGUUUAUGCUGGAUGGCUACACCCAGAGCUACUAGGUCUCUGGACUCACUGUGCCCGGGUCCCCCCAAAGGAGCUCCGAUAUCCUGAGUCUAUAAUUGAGCAGUUGGAGGAAAGGAGAAAGGCUGAGAUUAUCAGUGAAAUAGAGACUCUUCGAGAAGCCCAAGAGCCCAGUGGUCCCCUACUACCGUCUUCAGAACUGUCCUUGGAGACUACAGAGGAAGAGAGGUCCCGCCUCAGUUUGAUUCCCCCUGAGGAGAGGUGGGGCUUAGGUGAGGUGGAGGUGGAGGUGCCUGUGCUGCCUGUGGUUCCUGAGCUACCAGAACUGCCUGAACUCCCCUUGCAGUUGACCCCAGAUCUGCUACAACUCUCCCCAGAGGCUAUGCAAAGGGCCAUCAUAUUAGAGUUACAGGCUUCAGGAGAAAUCGAUUUCAACAACCUGAUUCCUCCCUCUGCCCCCCGCCUGGUGGUUGCUCGUGUCUUCUACUUGCUCCUGGUGCUAUCAAUGCAGCAGGUUCUGCAUGUGGAACAAGAAGAGCCCUACGGCAGCCUCCUCAUCCGGCCAGGGCCUCGGUCCCACCACCAUUAGAGAGGUCCAUCUCCUUG